AUGCCACGUUGUACCUCAAAGUCCGAAAAUAGCGCGAUCACAAUCGGGGAUGGAGACGCAGCUCCGGUACAUGCUAGAACCGAGCUGUUGGAACCGUUGGUGACGGGCGCCGUCUCCAAUGUCAAGGAAAAAUUCAAAUGCGACAAAGGGGACCUGGUCCUUGUCUCGUCAAUGGUUAUCAUCCUCCUAUUCUUACUGGCAGGGGUGAUACUCGCUGUUUCCUCGGACCUUGUUGACUGCCACGGAGCGAAGGCUCGGGGGGAAUCGAUCGAGGGGAAAAACUGCUUAUCG